UAUGGCUUGGGACUGCGUCGAUAGGGCCGUUACGUUCGUCUUUCGAUGGCUGGGACGCUUCGUGGCCCGACACCCGGGUUACUUUAUCGUGGUACCGGUUUUGGGAUCCAUCCUACUGGCUACGGGACUACAGAAAAUGGUUUAUCAAGACGAUCCCGAAUAUCUGUUCAGCCCCAUCGACGGUCAAGCCAGUAAGGACAAAGAACUCAUCUUUAAGCUAUUUCCAGAAGACGUUGCCGAAAAUUUCGAUUUGGAAAGGUUACCCAGACUGGGCCACUUCGGUAGGGUCAUCAUAAUCGCCAAAGAUGAAGGGACUAUAUUCAGAGAGGAGAUAUUCCAAGAGAUUCUCAGACUGGACCAGAUAAUUAAAAACUUUACCGUAGACAUCGAAGGGGUUGACAUGGGUUAUGCCGAACUGUGCGCUCAUCACAAAGGUAAAUGCUACAGCAACAGCAUCUUGGAUCUGGCCGACCGAGUUUCGGAUAUACGCGAAAAGAAAUUCUUUAUUAAGUACCCCCUGAGCGUGGACGAGGUUAGUUACCAGUAUACUUUCUACGCUGCCUACCUGGGCGGCGUCCAAGUCGACGACUUGGGAUUUGUGGACACGGCCAAAGCCAUAUCUCUGAUGUACUUUCUGGACGACAGCACCAAGAAAAAAAUUAACCAAGCGAAUAUUUGGGAGGACGAAUUUUUGCAAGUGGUAGGCAACGAAGAAUUCCAGACGAUUUCUGUGGCUAGAUUUACCUCCAGAGCUCUGGCUCAAGAGUUGGAGAAGAACACGGAGAGUGUUUUACCGUUUUUCAGCGUUACUAUCCUGAUUAUGCUGAUCUUCUCUAUCGGCACUUGUAUGAUGACCGACUGGGUAUACAGCAAGCCGUGGUUGGGAGUUUUGGGCUGCUUGUCCUCUGGUUUGUCUGUCGGAGCGGCAUUCGGCUUGGUCGUUUACUGCGGUAUGGAAUUCAUCGGAAUCAACAUGGCAGCGCCUUUUCUCAUGCUGGGCAUCGGUAUGGACGAUACUUUUGUGAUGUUAGCAGCGUGGAGAAGAACGAACGUGAAGAAGAGCGUGGAAGAAAGAUUGGGAGAGACGUUCGCAGAAGCGGGCGUAUCCAUAACCAUCACUUCGAUAACGAAUUUCUUAUCGUUUUGCAUCGGUAUUGCCACUCCCUUUCCGUCCGUACGCAUCUUCUGCACCUACACUGCCAUGGCCACCUUCUUCACCUAUCUCUAUCACGUGACAUUUUUCGGAGGUUGCAUGGCCAUCAGUGGAUUUGCAGAAAAAAGGAAUUUACACGCCAUGGCCUGCAUACCCAUUCUUCCCUUAUCGCAAGCCAAAGACAGAAACUAUUUCUUCCGUAUCUUCUGCACGGGUGGAGUGAAUCCCGACGAUCCCGACAAUCCAGACGACAAUAAGGAACACUUGUUGAUGAGAUUCUUCAGAGACACCGUAGGAAAAACUUUGAGCCUGAUACCCGUCAAGAUCCUAGUUAUUAUUCUGUUCGUAGGAUACGUGGCAGUCGGAAUAUGGGGGUGCAGCCAACUGAAAGAGGGUCUGGAACGUUCUAAGUUGUCUAGAACCGAUUCCUACUCUGUAACUUACUAUAAGUACGAAGACACGUACUUUAGAGAGUAUCCUUAUAGAGUACAGGUGAUCAUCAACACACCACUGGAUUAUUCCGAUCCUAAGGUGCAGCAACAAAUCGAAGAUCUGAUGAAAAGAUUCGAAGCUAGCGAAUAUAUGGCUGAUUCAUCACUAACAGAAUCGUGGCUAAGGGCUUACUUACGUUUCUUGAAGGAUCCAAGAACAUCUUUCUUCUUGGAAAGCUACAACAUGAGCAGUAAGAGUGAUUUCAUUACAGGAUUAAGACGAGUGUUCCUGAAAUUUCGUUCUGCAGAGCAUUUCAAGGACGAUAUUGUCUUCAAUGAGAAUUUUACAGAAAUCGUGGCUUGUCGGUUCAUAGCUCAAACUAAAGAUAUUGCCGAUGCUAAUGAAGAAAAGUACAUGGUUAUCGAAUUGAGAGACAUUGCUGAUAGCGUUCCUUUUAAAGUUUCUGUCUUUCAUCAUCUCUUCCCGUUCUUCGAUCAAUUCAUAUUAGUAAGGAGCGUUUCUAUACAGUCCAUCAGCAUCGCCGCAAUCCUCAUGAUGAUAAUCUCCCUUCUUUUCAUACCGAGCCCUAUGUGCGCCUUCUGGGUGGCUUUCUCUAUCGUCUCGAUAGAAAUAGGAGUCAUAGGUUACAUGAGCCUGUGGAAAGUAAACUUGGACAGUGUUUCCAUGAUAAAUCUUAUCAUGUGUAUAGGAUUCUCCGUAGAUUACUCGGCUCACAUUUCUUAUUCUUUCAUAACGGCCGAUAAACCGACUGCCAACGAGAAAAUGCAAAUUGCUCUUUAUUCUCUUGGUAUGCCUAUUAUACAAGGCAGCAUCUCCACCAUACUUGGAAUUGUUGUUCUGGCUUUUGCUCCCUCCUAUUUGUUUCUGGUCUUCUUCAAAACUGUAUUCUUGGUGAUGCUCUUCGCUGCUCUUCACGGUGUGCUGCUUCUUCCAGUUCUUUUGUCUCUGACAGACGUGUGCUUCAAAAAGAAGAGCAAAGAGGGAGAGACUAACGGAAAUCCACCUUUCUUUAUCCAGGCACGGGAGGGAGAUAUCACCACUAGAAACGGUAAAGGUUCUGUGGUCAUACCCCGCCCUACUUACAAUAACAAUGUGAUAGGCCUGUCUUAUGUCGAUCUGGAGAAUUCUAAAAAAAACGGCGAGGAGAAUAGUGAUAAGGAUGCUGGUUUAGGAACAAGUGGGGAGGAGAGUAACGACGGAAGUUGGAGGAGUCGCGAGGAUCACAUCAACCCCGCUUUCGAGAGUGACGGAGAUGAGAAUGGCCGAGUACCUAGAAGAUCUCAAUCGGCACGCGAUAGAAGGGGCGUAUACCGCAAUCAAAAUCACAAUUCCCAAAGAAGUCUUCAAGAAGACACACCGGGUCUUAGACCCUGCGACUGGUCAUCGCCGGAAGACAGACAACAGAACAACACACCUCUAUCCAGAUACUUAGACAGAUUAGACAGCAGUCGAGUGAGAGACUUCCAGAACCCUCUCUGAAUUACAUAACCGACUCUCGUGCUUCUAGUUGUCCGACUUUCAAGUGUUGCCAAGUGUAAAUAGACUAACGCACACUUGGAUUGCGCGUGGCCAAUUUUAGGCCAAUUUUUACGACAGUCAGACUGCCCGACGGACCAAUAUUUACAGUGAUAAAUUGCAGUGGCAGUACUACCAAUUACAGCGCAUAUUCCUUAGAUUUUAUGAUGAAGAUUUUCUCGUGUAAUUCGUAUUUUACUACUUAACAGAUCAUGUCCAUGUUUCGUAAUUGUAAGAUAAUUAAAAUUAAAAG